AAUUGGGAUGAAUAUUGAAUAAGGUCUGGUAACUCAGUUUGCUUAUUUAACUGUAGCUAACUUCAUGUGAAAUCUUGUAGUUUUUCUCUUCAAUCGGUCAAGUGGCGUUCUUUCUUUUCAUAUUGCUGUGUUUUUAUGGAACAACUGAUAUUAAAAUAUUACAAUACUUGAUUUGAUUCUACCCAAGAAAUUGGCAUAAAUCAGAACAUUAUCUUAUAGCGCACAGAACGUAAAUAAGUGCUUAAUGAUAUGUAUUACAAGUUGGUGGAAUUGUGAAUGAGCAGGUCGCGAUCGAAAUUCGACAGCGCUGCACGAAGACGUGCGAAACGGAAAACAAAAGAAAAGCGAAGGCAUAAUUUGUGUGAAAUGUGUUUAAAAAUAUGGAAAAUCUGAAAAUAAGUGGAAAUUUAUUUGCAAAUAUACGAUAUUUCGUUGAUGGAAAUUUAGAUGAAGAGGUGGAAAAGCUGCUUAAAAAUGGUGGGGCACAAUCGAAACGUUUUUUAUCAGAUGUGGUUACACAUCUGGUGUGUGCACCAAACUACACUGAAGAAGAAUUGGCAAUGAACUUGGAUCUCUAUAAUGUUAUACCAGUUACCGAUCAAUGGAUAGUACAUAGUGCCAAGUUGGGACGUUUAGCGUCUACAAAAGCAUUUGAUCCAAGCACACAACGGCUUUUCAAAUCACUUAAAUUCGCAGUAACAAAUUUAUCAAGUGAAGACUUUAAAUGUUUGUAUGCUAUUCUUACAUUUCAUGGCGCUCAAGUCACUACCGCAGCCGACGCGAGUACUACACACUUAAUAUGCGGUAGUAUAGGAGGGAAUUAUUAUAAUCGUGCAACAAAGGCAUCUGUAAAUAUAGUUAGCCCUGACUGGGUAUUUGAUUGCUUAAAACAGUGUAAAAUUUUGAGUUGUGAUGGUUACCACCCUCGAUUGCUCAAGAUUGUAGAUCAACCUAAAAGUGUACCUAAAUUGACAAACAUCUCCACAUCAUACAAUCACGUUUCUGCAACAAAACCAAUAACACAAAUGCCAAUAUCCGUUCCUGUUGCGUCAACUACAACUACGAACACAUCUGAUUGCAAUAUGGUUGACUCGGUGGAGCAAACAUUAUCGACAAUAUUAGGUUUUGAUGAUGAUGAUAUGGGUGGUAUUGUAAGUAGUAUUGACAAUACCAUCGGUGCGAGUGUAGAUGAUGCCGAUGCUGCGGAAAGCAUUGCUAAUAUUAAAUCGCAGUUGCAAGCCUCUUUACCACCAUUACCAGCCAUUCCACCUACCCUUCCUUCAACAAGUACAAAUACAGGAGAAGAUUUAAAUAAGACCCCAUCAACCCAAUUGCAGGAAAACACGUCAUGUAAUGAAAAUAAUCAACUGCCCGAAGUUUUAUUAAAUACUAAUCCUGUUGUAUCACAAAUACAAACGGAAGUGCAAUCACAACCUCAACAACAUACUCAAUUACAAAGUCAAUUGCAUCCUCAACAACAAAUUGUGUUUGUACGCCCUCGUAAUAUUCAACAACAGCAACAACAACACCAACAACAAAUAAUUUUAGGUGGUACGCAACAACCAUCUUUACAACCUCAACAAAUAAUUGUUCAACAAAAAAUAGUACCAAAUGUUGUGGCCCAGCAGCAAAUUCAACUGCAACAGCAGAGUCAAAAUAAAAUGGGGCCAGGAAAUGUUUUACAGCAACAGAGAAAUCUCAAGAGUCCACAACAUCACAUUCAAAUAAUACAACAUCAACAACUACCACAAACACCACGAACUCCCCAGCCACAACCACCAAAUCAUCCUAAUCUUCCUCCUCAACCCCGUACCGCUCCAUCUACACCCACUUCAAGUGGACCACCGCCGCUGCCCGACCCACGUACUCCCACUCCAACACCAACAGCUGUUGCUGUUAACAUAGCACAACCGCGAACCCCGCAAACUCCAAGUGGUAGACAUACUCCGGCUUCUAGAACGCCUUGCACGACACCUCAGCCACCCAAUCAGUCUCCACAACAUGUCACCAUACCGAUGUCCCCACAAUCACAGCAACCUCAUCAACAACAAACAGUGCAAAUGUCGCCGCAAAUGUUACAUCAACACAUAUUACAUCAGCAAAAUAUUCUUCAGCAACAACAACAGCAACUUCAGCAACAUAUACAAAAUGGGCAGAGUUUGACACCACAGCAACAGGCUUUACAGCGCCAAAUACAACAUCAGCAACAACAAUUAAUACAACAACAACAGAAAUUUCAACAACAAAUACAGCAACAACAACAACAACAGCAGCAACAACAACAAAUGCAACAAUCUCCCCGAUUAAAUCAAAAUCCGCAAUCACAAUCACCUUCAUUGCAACAACAGCAAAAUCACGUCCCUAGUAGUGGUAGCAUGAUGCCCCCACAAUCGCCACGGCAGUCACCCGCUCUUCAAAUGACGCCACCGCCUCACUCACCACAACCACAGCAACAGCAACAACAAAUGCGUCAGCAAAUGCAAAAUCGGCAGCAGCGUCAGCCGCAAGGUUUAGGUGGAGCUAUGGGUUCACCCCAACAUCAGCCAAUGAUGUCACCGCAACAACAACAAACGAUGCAACCAUUUCAACAACCUCAGCGGAUUACUCAAGCACAACAACAAAGCCCACAACAUAUUUCUGCUCCGCAGUCGCCACAAACACAGCAACCCACACCAACCACGCAACAAACAAAGCAACAGAUGUUACAACAGAUGAAGCCAAUAGAUCCAACUGAUCCCGUUCAGGUGGCACAAGUGCUCAGUCGGUCAGCUCCAAGUCCAAAUCACGAAUCAUUAAUAAUGCGGCAACAGCAUUUGAAGCAACAGCAAGCACUACAGCAACAACAGGCAUUACAACAGCAACAUGCGUUACAACAACAACAACAGCAACAACAAAAUAUGCAAAUUCAACAACAACAACAACAGCCCCAAUCAGCUAGGCAAUCGCCUUUACAACAACCUCAGGUACAGCAACAAAUUGUUGUUAAUCCCAACAAUCAGCAACACCAAAUAAUUGCUCAACGCCAUGUCAUCAACACAUCCACUGUUCAGGGACAGCAGCUAAUACAAAGUCACAUGAUGAAUAUACAACAACAGCAGCAGCAGCAACAACAACAACAACAAGCACAACAAAAACAGCAACACUUGAUAAAUAUACAGCAGCAACAACAACAACAGCAGUUAAUUGUCCAGCAACAGCAGCAGCAACAACAGAAGCCAUCUGGCAUGAUAAUCGGAGGAAUGUCACCUCAGCCGCAGCAAUUGCAGCAGACCCAACAGCAACAACAACCGGCAUCAAUGCAGUUUAGUCAACCGCAACAAAUGACCAUGUCAGGGGGUCAAGUAUGCAUCAUACAACAAACGCUGCAGCCACAGCCGCAGACGCAGCCGCAACAGCAACAACAACUGCAACCUCAAAUUGUUCAGCAGCAACAACAACAGCAACCACAAAUAAUUCAACAGCAGCAGGUGACUGGUAUAUCAACGAAUUAUCAGCAGCAAAUUAUGAGCCCUAACAUACAGCAAUCGAACACACAACAACAACCACAUCAACAGCAUCAGGUAAUAAGCCAACAAAUUCAGAUUCCACCACAAUCCCCGCAGCAUCAGCAGCAGCAACACCCGCAAAUAACGGUUUCAAACAAGUCGAAGAUUAUUAUUAGUCAACAGCAGUUUCAACAGCUCAGUAUGCAACAACAACAACAGAUAUUGCAACAAAAUCAACAUAAUCAGAACGUCGUUAUAGUUAAUCAGACAAAUUUAACAGCUCAGCAACAACAACAACAACAGCAAGCACAACCCCAAAUUGUGCAACAAAUAAUACAGCAUCCUAUGCAGCAAUCGCCACAGCAACAGCAACAAACAAUUCAAAUGCAGCAAUCCCCUCAGCAUCAGCAACAGCAAUUGCAGCAAAUUCCACAAAGUCCCACGCAAGUUCUUAAGACUCCGCAGCAACCUCCACCAAUCUAUACGCAUCGUCAACAAUCCGUAGAAGGGACAGAUGGGUCUAAUAAUAUGCUGCCACAACAACAACAACAACAAAUUCAACAUACACAGCAAUCGCCGCAAAUGAUAACACAAACACAAGUCAUACUUAAUCCACAACAGCAACGAAUCCCUCUACAACAACAACAUCAACCUGGCAACAUGCCUCAGCAACCACAACAGAUUGUAAUUAAUCAGCAAGUUAUCAAUAAUCCUCAACGUUUACAGUACAUGCAGCAACAACAACAGCAAAUACAAUUACAACAACGUAAACCACAACAAAAUACAAUCAUUGUCGGCCAACAACAAUUGCAACAGCCACAUCCCCAACAACAGAUUAUAAUACAGCAGCAAACUGUGCCAACGCAAGCAUCACAACAACAACAACAUCCGCAACAAUCUCCACAACAGCAAAUGAUGACAAUACCAGCUAACAGUAAUAUGCAGAACCAAAUAAUAUUGCAACAGCAAAAGCCAACAUUACAACAACAGCAUUCAGUGGAGGGAGCGCCGUCCCAACAGCAACAGCAGCAACAACAAAUUAUACUACAACAGCCACCAAUACAACAAACAGUCGUUAUUCAGCAACAACAGUUAUCUCAACAACAAUUAAUUGCAGCCGGUCAAUCGCCGCAACAACAACAACAACAAGCCCAACAGCAACAACAGCAAUUAAUCAUCCAACAAAGUUCACCUCAACAACAGCAACAGCAACCACAUUGGUCGCCACAGCAGCAGCAGCAACAACAACAGCCGAGUCCCGCUGGAAUGCAACAACAGCCAACCCAGUCUCCAGUAGUGGUCGGUGGUACACAGGUGAUUGCGACGAACUCUUCAUUGGGAAACUUACAAGCCCCUCAGCAAUUCAUACGUGCUGUACGUCCGGGACAAUGGCAACAACCGGGCUUACCACCUGGUACCACCGCUUUGCAGGGACAACCCCAACGGCAAGUGAUACAAGUUGAUGAUAAGACUCAUGCACAUCUUAUGACCCUAGACCCAGUAAAGAAGAUGGAAUAUAUAGCCAAGUUGCAACAGCAAAAUCAAAAGCGCUUGAUGUUUCGUCAGCAAGUGCCAUAUCAAGCGCGUCCAGGUGCACCAAAUGUUGUGUCCACUGCAAUGGGCACCGCGUUGCAACGACCCGCAGGCGCACCCACACCGGGUACUCACAUCAUUGUGCAGAGUCAAAUGCCCGCAGGUCUCACACAGCAACAACAAAUGCAAUGGUUGCAACAGCAAGGUGCGCGACAAGUUGUUGUACGCACCGGUGCAGCUCCCGGCCUAAGUCCGAUUUCGCAACAACAACAACAACAAAUUGUUGCUGGUAGUCCGCAAACACCACAGCCGACUCAAACAGCAAAUGUCCAGCAAUUUAAUCCCACCGACGCCAAUCAGCAAAUGCUGCUACAGCGUCAACUACGAGUGCAGCAAGUACAAUUGCAACAACAACAAUUGACACCACAAAAGCAACCACAACAACAGCAGCCCGGGAUCCAAGUGGUGACCGGCGGUCAGCCAACAAUGGGCAAUGAACAACAACCGACUACACCUAGUACACCAACAACGCCUGGCGGAAACAUAAUGAACACACUUGCAUCGAGACCGAUGGUUAUGGGCUCGGCCGAAACGCAACAGCAAAUAGGUGGAACUCCACAACAACAGCAGCAGCAGGUUUUGCAACAGACUCAACAACAGCAAAUGAAUAUGAAAACAAAAACUGCAUUAGCGAACAUGCUGAACAGUCGUUUGAGCAACAACAACGGUGGCGCUAUUCAAAUGCAGCAACAACAGACCAUGAUUGUAUCAGCGACCGGUGCUCCCGUUGCAGAUCAACCGUUACAACAACAUCCGCAACAAAUAAUACAACAUCAAGUGGUAGUCGCUGGCAACGCGUCGCAAACCGGUGUCAUGCUACAACAGCAGCAGCAACCACAGCAAUCACCACAACAGCAAAUUGGACCGGGGGGCGUUGUGCUGGAACAGCAGGACACUGCUGCAGGGCGAUUGCGACUGAUGACGCAGCAACAUAAUGCAGCUUUGCAACAGCCCGGCAUACCACCAGGUACGCAACUGUUGCAGAGCGUGGUGGGUAACGCUCAACCGCGUACUCCGCAAGAGCUAAUGAUGCUUCAGCAACAACAAUUGCAAUUGCGACGUUCGGGUGCGGUUUUGCAGACUCAACUUUCGUCGGGUGGACAUGUUGUGACUCCGGGUGCCGGUCAGCAACAAAUUGUUGUAGCGGGCUCUCAGCAACAUACACAGCACUUGGGUAUUGCGGGCGGGGUGCAGCAGCAAAUUGCAGUGGCUCAAAUUCCACAAACCCAGCCGGUGCAAACGCCACAAGGCGUG